UGGAUGGUACACAGUUCACAAAUGACCAACCAGAUGACACAAUAUUGAUAAUCGAUAAUAGGGAGCUGUGUGACACAACAGCGUCGAUGGAACAAUGUCAACAAUGAAAACACCAACACGCGCGUUAUUACUUGUACAAUGAAGUCAAAAGCUUGCUAAUAGUACUUGCGGGCCAUGCACAUGUACACUGUGUACCACGAGGCAUCUCGGAGUGAAGGACGGAGGCCAAAAAGACGAGGGUUAGCCAUAUCCUCAGUCAUGCAUUAUGUCUGAAUCACGAAUGAGGUGGAACUCUUUAUACUAGUGGAAAUAUCAAGACGUCUGCAUGCACACGUGAGGGCCCACAUAUUGUUGUGGCUUGGGUUGUAAAAUCCAAGUACUGUGCAUGCCACGCACACAGUAGGCCAACUGCGACAUAUGCGACAUCAAUAGACGGAAGGAAGCGGCCAGCAAGAGCAACCAUACAGCAACAGAGAUGGCAGGUUGCACUGGGGUUUUUGAUCGCUGCACGUAGCUAUUAACAACAGCCAUCUAUGUGCUUCUGCUCACUUCGGUGGCAGAGCCAUUAUUGUGUUGCCAUCGUGGGGAGGAAUAAUUGCUCACCAUGGCAAUCCCUACGACACGGGUCGGAAAGGGCAUCUUGGGUUUGUUUGUGGUAACUGUAUGCUCCCUGGCAGUACGUAUCUACGUAGUUCAUUCGUCUUCUUUAACUGUGCCAGCACUAUACCAUGAACAACCAAAUAAAAGCGUGAAUACUCAGAGAACCAACAUUUUGCAGAGAUUUCUACACAGUGCUUUAGACUUUUCAUCUAGAAGUAAUGAAGAAUCUGCCUUGAAUGAAAAUAGAACGCUUUCACGCAUUGAAAGGUUUUCAAGAAGUAAACCUAACAGCUCUUACGGAGAAGCGUUAUAUAAUAAUAUACUACAAAGAGCAAGACAUAAAAGCACACAUUGGCAUUUGGAUGAAAAGGAGUUUGUUCGAGACAGUCAGUUUUUAAAUUAUUUGAGAUGUCCAACGACAGUACGAAAGAAAAUGCUGCAAGAGACAUUGUCUAACCAAAAGUUUUUGCCUGAAGUACCAAUACUUCUGUUCGACGAACAUUUUAGCCAUAACGAGUACCAGAGGUUGUCGAAGUUUAAAGGAAUCAACGGCUGGGAAGACAUGGAUGAAAAAGAAAUCUCAGAGGCAUUAAAAGCUCUCAACAUGCCCAACAACAGGUACAUGUUUGACGAUCGCUUUGUCGAUGGCUUUAUCCCCAAGGACAUAGGAUGUGCACGAUGUGCUGUCAUCGGCAAUGGCGGUAUGAUGAACGGAUCAAAUAAAGGAAAAGAGAUUGAUGCACAUGACUACGUCUUCAGGGUGAAUGUCGCGCUAACUAAAGGCUAUGAACGUGACCUUGGAACGAAAACGUCAUUUUAUUGCUUUACCAUGGUAACUCUCUCAAACUCUCUACGAGGUGGCGCUCGAUUGGGCUUCAGAGAACCACCCUAUGGAAAGGGAAUUCGGUAUGUGUUUUUUGCUGACAAUGAUUGGACCUACAGUUAUCUGAAUGCUGUAUUGAAUGACAGACCUCCUCCUCAUAGUGCUGACAAAUACAGAAGACCGCCACCCAAUUUCGUGAAGAAAUUGCAUGCAGAAGACGUUAAACUUGUACAUCCAGACUUUCAGAGAUAUCUUAAAUGGAGUUGGGUGAACUCUACAGCACAGCACAAGUUAGUCCAUAGACCGACCACUGGCGCUAUUAUGUUACUGCUUGCUCUACACACGUGUGAUGAGGUCAAUGUAUAUGGUUUUGGUGGGAGCUACUCCAAGUUUUCUGAGCACUACUACGACAAGAAAUUUCAGAAACAUGUAUUUUUUGCCAAUCAUGACAACAACGCAGAAAAUGCCCUGUGGCGACGUCUGCAUGAACUCGGCAUCAUCAAUCUGUACAUAAGAAACUGAGAUGACUGUGUGACUUCUGACCAGUUUUACUCGUGGAAAACUUCUGCGAGAAAACGUCCGAGGAUUUUUUUCAACAUGCUUAUGUUGUAUUUCUGAACUUCGAGGAACUGGCAAAAAAUCACUCAGAAUAUUUUGAGGUAUCAAGUGUUUUGGAAAUGUGCUUAUCUCCGUCCGCAUAAAUACCAGUUGUUCUUGUUCUUGAAGAUCCAACUGGAUAUCAGACGAAAAGGGGCUACAAUUUUGCCAAGACUCCUUCCCUCCUGUUGACCUAUGAGAGACAAAUUGGUUAUUCCAGAUUACUUAAUUCUCACUCAUUUUGCAGAGAAAAUUCUCUGUAUGCAUGUGCAUCAUUUUCGUGUAGGCCUAUAAUGUUUUCCCAUUUUACUGAAUUUGGAUGGUACUCACUGUUACAGCGCCCUCUUUCACUAAUUAUUUUUAGCAGUACUAAAAUAUAAACACUCUGUCAAAGGAGACAACCAGUACUGAAAGUGAACAGCGUCAUCAACAUAGGUUUUCCCGUCUAAUUUCACGCUUCUUUCAAUUUAAAUUACUUCAAAGAAAGUUUUAUUUCCUCCUUUUCUUUGCCAUUUUUUCUCACUCCGGGAAUGGCGUUGAAUUGGAAAAGCAAAUUCGAUUUUUGUCAUUCAUUUCACCGAUUUAAUCGUCUACUUUCGUCAUUGAUAUAAAUCUGUGUACAAAGCUUUUGCCUUUAUUCUACUUAACAAGAGAAUGUCAGAUAUGUUGAGUUGUGUAAUGAUUGCGAAAUGUUUUGCCUUAUUUAUUUGAAUGAAUGACUUUUAAAACACAAACUUGCUUUUGUUAUUCGGCGCCAUUCCUGAAAUUAAACGAAAAUUACGAUAAGUAGGACGAAUGCGAAUGUUUUGUCAAGAAAUUCAAUGUUCUAAAGGUGACAUCUAGUGGUGUUGUUUCCAAAUUGGAAUCAACAUUUUGGGUGAGUGAGCCCUCUUUGACGAAAUUGAAAUUACCUUUAAGCAUUUUUAAAUGGAAGAAGUGCGGAAUUAACUGGAAAAACCUGUAAUAAAUGUAAAAACAAUGAAAAUUAUAUUAAAAGCCGUCGUACCCUAGGACAACUGAAAGAGUAUAUUUGUUGGAAUGUGAACUUGGCUUAACGUUUGUAAAAUGACUCCAUAGUACAUUUCCUUCAUCAUUGAGAAGAAAGUACUAUACAUCUGUAACCAAAGCUAGCCUCUGGUUAGAAGUUGAUAUUUUCUGUAAAAGAACAGGAUAUGGAGUGCAACGGCUGUUUUUAUUUGUAAUCGUUCAGUUAUCAAAGUGAGUGUAGCGAUUUUUUUACUUUGAUUGAUAACAAGUGCGUUUCAAAGUUCCUGUAUAAAGCAGUGCCUUUUCUUCCGAUUGCCAAAAUCAAAACCUAUCACACUUGUAAAUAACAUAGCAGUUUUAAUAAUUAAUGUGUAUGUCAUAAAUGGGAUGAGUAACUUAAAUACGGAACGUUUUUGUUAGCUCAAGUGUUUUUGGUCCUGCAAAACCAAAUUUAGCUGUUGACAGGAAUGUAGGCUACUUUUCUAUUCCUGUGGGGUGAAGUUAAAAAAAUCAAGUUAGUUUUUUAAAAUUAUUUUCAAAAAGCUUAUACGGAUACUCCCUUGGGACACAAUGUAGAAGAAAACGAUCUAUUGUUUCUCGUUCCUUGAUGCAAAGUAAUUUUAUCGGCUACAAGGAAUUACCAGUGCUAGAGUCUAUAUCAAAACUUGCUCACGAGUGGACAGCGGAUCCCUUACAUGCUGCGGCUGACUGGAAUGUUUCUGUGGGAUUUUGAACGUGUGCAGAUUUAAUAGUUAAACUAGUAGGGAAAAUUAGAUUUUCUUUCUAAAAGAAAAACUGAUUAAGCUCGUCCAUUGUGCUCCAAUGGGUUUAUAUUCAAGAGACUGGAGUGAGGAAACUUGUUUUGCAAUUAUUAUGUUGUAAACAUGUACUAGCUUUUUUUUUGAAAAUUGCAAUUGUGAGUUGAAUUCCACAGAAAGUGCACUAUACGCAAAAUACGAGGCGAUAUAGUUAAGUUGUAUAUUAAUGUUUCAAAUGAAUCUAUGUUGGUGCAUGUAACAGUUCAUAUUGUGAUUGAAUUAAGUCUUCCAUCAAAUGGAUUUGUUUAAUACUGACAAAUUGGAUGUUUUAAAAUAUGUAUUUUAAAUAUAAGUUUGAAUGUUGCAUUGUCUUUGUUGAACUGUGGGUUUUAAUACCAGUUUGGAUUUAAAUGGUUUUUAUUUUCUGUUUUUGUUUGGAAGUACACGUAUUUUUCAGUGCUAGUACAUUUAAAUGUAAAUUUUACAUAACUUUGGAAUAAGGGCGGGGGAUGCAAAGACAGAUAAAUUACUGGGGAGUUAUUCACCACUGCAAUGCUUCUGUGUGCUCGAAAUUUGGAAGCGGAGGUUGUAGACUGUCCAACAUAAUUUGUGCAAAUCAUAGUUACAUGACACAUUGUUUUCGUCUGAAGUAGAAAAUGAUGAAGACAUUUGGAAUUAGUUUUAAAUUCUGAAAGAUCUGUGCGGUAGCACCGGCCGAACUUUUUUUACAGGCCCAAGUGUCAUACUUUUUAAAAUUUAGUCUUUAUUAUUUUUUUCAAAGUAUUUGUUACCCAACUUUCAUCUCGUUUAUAUUUUAUAGAAAUAAGUCAAAUUGACGUAUUUCUACAUCGAAUUGGGUGGCCACACGCAUAACCCUUCAUCUGGUCUGAAUUAUAAAGCUAUUUAAUGUCAUUGUGCAAUACUUCGUGCUAAAUUUACAGUAUUACACCAAAGGUUUUAUUCCAGCCAUGUAAGCGUGUGGAACUGUAAUAUAAAUUUAUGGCAUCCCAGGCCUGUCGUUUUCAGGAUGCAUUGUCCGUACUUUUUGUGUUUUCCUGAGCGAAUUUUGAAGCAAACAUGAUGUCUUGUAAAAACAGAGUUGCGCCAAUGUUAUUGCGGGCCUUUAUGCAGUCUAACAUCAUGUGAUUUCUGGCCAUGCUGGGGACAAACUCCCAUUUCAAAGAAUUAAAAAGUGUUCUUUACUAUAAACGACUCGCAGCAAAGUCGGUUAUAGACCGUAUUCAUGAGUCGGCCAUCUUGAAUUGAAACUGUGAUAAAACUACAUUUUGGGAACAUGAGAGUUAAAAUAAAAUCAACAAAAUGAAAGUUGAAAUCAAAUUC